CGCAGCAUGACUCGGUUCGCGUUCUACUGCUCUGGGCACGGCUUCGGGCACGCGACACGCGUCUCUGCCGUCAGCCUCGAGCUCCUCCGUGCAGGCCACGCCGUCACGGUCGUCACCAAUGCCCCCGAGAUCCCGUUCGCGUCCAUCCUGCCCCCGACCGCGCUCCCCGCCGCCGACCGCGACAUCGCCAACCCGGGCCCAAAGACGAGCCCGCUCCCGCAGUACGCCGAGUACCGCAGGCGCAACAUUGACGCGGGCAUCGUCCAGCCAAAGGCGUACGACGUCGACCGCCAGGCGACCUUUGACGUCCUCGACGGGUUCCUCAACCAGCGCGACCAGACGCUCGCCGAGGAGGUGGCGUGGCUCAAGGAGGCCGGGAUCGAGGCAGUGUUGAGCGACGCGACGUUCCUCGGCUGUGCCGCCGCCAAGGGAGCUGGCCUCCCGGCAAUCAUCAUCUCCAACUUCACCUUCGACUCGUGCUACUCGUACCUGUCCCAUCCUUCCCUUCCCUCGCACGAGUACGGCGUCGCCCAGCCCGAGCCGCCACUCGACCACGCGGUCCUGCACCCUCUCGUCGAGCAGACCGUCGCCGACUACUCGAGCGCGUCGCUCCUCCUGCGCCUGCCCGGCGUCAUCCCCAUACCGGCGUUCGACACGGACGUGCCCAUGCCGUCCGGCCGGUGGGUCAACGACGAGCGCACCGCCUUCGUCCCCGAGGUCGAGGCCAUCCUGUCGCGCCCGACCGACUCGAUCCCGUCGGCCGCCGACGGCCGCACCGUCAUCGACGUGCCGCUCAUCGUGCGCGCGCCCUCGCCCGACGCCAACACGCCCGCCUUCCGCGCCGAGCUCCUCGAGUCGAUGGGCGUCCCGCACCACCUCCUGUCGAGCAAGGUCCUCCUCGUCUCGUUCGGCGGCCAGGCCAUCCCGCGCCCACGCACGCGCCCGCCGACGCCGCUCUCGUCGCCGCUCCUGCGCCGCACCAUGAGCAGCCAGCUGUCGUCGAGCCUGUCGUCGCUCGAAGCGCCGCAACAGGACGAGCGGCGCGAGGCGGGCCUGCUCCCGAAAGGGUGGAUCGCCAUCGUGACGGGCCUGAGCGGCGGCGACAACGCGAUCCGCGACGACUUGCCGUACGGCUUCUUUGCGAGCGACAAGGACGUCUACGUGCCCGACCUGACGUGGAUCGCCGACUGCGUCCUCGGCAAGCUCGGGUACGGCACCUGUUCCGAAACGCUGUCGUGCCGCACGCCCUUCAUCUACGUCCCUCGCCCGCUCUUUGUCGAAGAGUUCGGCCUCAAGCGGCUCAUGCACGCCCGAGGCGCGUCGCUCGAGCUCAGCCGGGUCGACUUUGAGGCCGGCAGGUGGGAGCUGCACAUUGACGAGGCGUACGAGCUCGGGCGCGAGGCCAAGGAGCGCGCGAGGAGGGUCGGGUUCGAGGACGAGAAGGCGGGAGAGGCGAUCCGGAGCGAGAUUGAGAGGUUCCUCGCACGGUGGGGGCAGUAGAUAGUGUAUCGAGAGUGCAUUGCAUCGGAGUGACAUCUAGCCGG